UUCAUAAUUUUCUUUUUGCUCAUUUGUAAAGGACUGUGAUACAGACAUUGCGAAGAACGAUGAAAUACCAAUACUGUAUUGUAUAUGUCGUGCUGUGAGGUGUGAUACUGGCUUUUGAAUUAUUUGCGAAAAUAUGCUAGAUAACGUUUCAAACAUCAAAUAUGACAAAGAAAUGUAUGGGGCCAUGCACAAGCAUAAUAGGUCGGUAUUAAGCCCAGACAAUAUUUGGCCCAUGAAAUGCUGUGGAGAAUCUGAUGCUAAAUACGCACCUGCAGAUCAUCACAACUUUAACUGCAAUGUGAGUAACUACAUGGGAGAAAAAUCAAAUUUCGGACUGAAAAAAAAAAUUGUGAUGCAAGGACUAACAUGGCUAACAAGGUCCUUAUCUUAGUUGGAAAUUGGUUGGUUCAGUUUCUCGAGUUGGGGACAAUUAAGUCUUUUGCUGUUCUUCUUGUUCAUAUCGUGAGAGACCUUGAAUCGACUACCGGACGAAUUGGGAUGUUCGUUGGCAUGUACCACGCCAUUCCUAUGAUGUCAGGUGUCAUUGUCAAAGUGCUUCUUCAUCACUACUCCCCUCGUUCCGUGGCUAUGAUAGGUGGAUUUCUCGGAUCUUUAGGACUCGUGGCAUGUUCUCAAGUCAGCAAAGAUACAAUUUUUGCAAUAUGUCUUAUUUUCUCAGGGCUUGGAUUAUCGAUGACUCUCAUCCCCACCAUGUUGGAAUUGGUGUAUGCCUUCAAGGAUGAAUAUAUGUUACCUUAUUCAAUCGCAUCAAUGGGUGCCGGGAUGGGAAUGAUGAUUCUUCCUCUGCUGACGCAGAAACUGUUGGAUGCCUACGACUGGCGAGGUGCUCUGCUCAUCCUUGGAGCAGUUAACCUUCACCUAGUCGUAUGCGGGACAUGGCUUCGUAAAACAUCAUCUGAACAAGAAUGUGAUCCUCAAGAAUCCUUGCUGAAUCAUGGCGAGUCGUACAAUCUGGCAUCUCCCUCGGAAAGUCUAAGGGUUCUGGAAAAUGUUGACACGGUUAAACAAAAUGCCUCACAUCGCGAUUCAGCUGCAGUCCGAUGUUUCCAUGGUUCCUUGACACUGCUAAGAGCUGCUUGUAAAAGAGUGGGUCUACAUGUCUUCAGUGAACAUCCUUUAAUCAUAUACGCAUUUCUUGCAGCAUGUCUUCAUGGGGUCUCCUAUAUCGGCUGGACUGUGUUCGUCAUUUCCAAUGCAGAAGCGAAAGGUCUUCCGGAAGCCGUAGCUGUAUUGCUUUCUAUAGCAGCUGGUAUAGGAAACAUUGCAGGGCGGUUGAUGCCAGGACUCUUUAACUUCCUAAACAAAGAUCUGUUUCCUUCAAGGACAUUGUUUCUUCUAUUCGGUACCAUUGGUGCCUUGCCACUUUGUUUGAAUCAGAUAGCAACUCGUUUCUCGACGUUAUGCGUCUUUGCUGCGAUCAGUGGCUUGGCUUUGGGAGCAAAGACAGUUGUCAAGAAUACCAAUGUGAUAGACGCGGUUCCCCAAUCUCUAUCCUCCACAGUUUUACCGUUCGUCUUAAUCUUUACGGGACUUGGUGAAGUAAUAGGAGGAUGGGUGGCAGGACGCAUAUUAGACCUAACGGGUUCCAUGGACACAGCUUUUCUUUUCCUUGGAUGCGUUGAUAUUUUCUCCGUCAUAGUCCUUUUCCUGAGCCUACUUCAUGAAAAACUUGUUCAUCUUCGAUCAUCUAAUAUGACAUGAGUAGAGCUAAAAACUUAACAUAAAUGCAUUUCAAGUGGUUCGUUGACUGGCAUUCACACUAGAUAUGGAACGGCGUUCAUGCGAAUGUUUGGAAUGUUUCGUUCCCACUGUUUUGCGAUUUGUUACGAUAGGCCUUUCGUAGCUGAUCGCGACAGAUAUUGAGCCGUCCUUUUUUUGUUCUACAAUAAAAAAAGAUUGCCACGACUGACCUCAAGAUCUGAUGAGAUCUGGGGCCCGUCUUACAAAGAGUUGCGAUUGAUCCGAUCAAUCGCAACUAUGGACGGCCAGCAACGUCAAC